AUGGCCCCGAAGCCGGGUCUGCUGCCGCGCAGCCCGCCAAUCCGUCUCCCUCUCAGUCCCCGCGCGCGCCCCCAGACUCGACCGACAGCAGCACCCUCGAUAUGUCCCUUUUGCUCCCUCGCCGCCGUCCGCGCCAGGCCUCUCAAAGCUGCUAGACGCGCCGUGCUGCUGCCUCGCCGGUGGCAAUCGGCCGCCUCCGACGGCCCGCGGGCAGAGCUCGAGCGCACCCUCCUCGAGCUGCAGAGCCGGCAUCCGAACCUUGUCAACCUCUCGAGGCUGCAAUUGGCACUGCAGGGCCUGCGGCAGCCCCCCGGCCAUGAGGUCGUCCGGAUAGCCAUCCUCGGACUGGCAGACGGGCAGAUGGCCAAGACGGUGCUCAAGUCCCUGCUUUCGGAUCCUCUCAAGGACGAGGAGGCGUGGGAGAGGGAAUUGAACGAGCACGAUGCCAGCAAGCCGCUCGUCGUGCGAGUCGCUCCGAGUCAGAGACGCAAUGUCGACUUGCACAUUUCCACAGACGCCGCCUUGCAUGAGCUUCACGUCUCGUCUCCCUCACUCAAUACCCUCAACCUCGAGUUUCUCUUGAUGCAAGUCACCGCGCCAUACGGAGCUAUCGGCGACGUGUCCCUCCACACCCUCGAGGAUGCCGUCCUAGUCCCUACCGUCGACGUUCCCUCAGCCGACCAUCGCGUGUCGCCCGUGACGACCCCCGUCCACCGGGCCUUGCUCAUCGCCGACGGACUCAUGGGUGCCGUCAAUGUCUCCGCGCUUCCCAUUUCCGAGGCCGGCGACUUGGUCAAGGCUGCCGUGCAGCUGCAAGGCGUCUCCCGCGGGCAGCUUGAGGCCACCUUUGACGUGAUCGAUGCCUCCAUGGCGGAGCAGGGCGUACGAUUGUUUCGUCAGGGUCCGCAAAAUGCCAUGGAGUACGAGCACCUCUGGUCCGCGAGCAACCUCCCGACCCUAGUGACUUGGCUCAAGGCCGGCGCCACGACGGCGGGAGAUGCAACCAAGCCCGCCGUAAGACAACUCGUCGCCUCCCUGCUCCAAAAUGCCCUCGCGUCCAUCCAAGCGCAAGAGUCUCGGAAGCUGUCGAGGACAUUUUCCGCACAGUCCGACUCGCCUGCCCUCGGUGACUUGAACCAUCGCCUCGCCCAGUGGACUCAGCAGGCGCACGCGGAGCUUCAAGAGGAGCUUGAUCUCGCCUUUACCGGACGACGAUGGCGGAAGCUCGGCUGGUGGAAGCUGUUCUGGAGGGUAGACGAUGUGGCAAUGCUCACCAACGAGAUGUUGAGCCGGCGAUUCAUGCCGACGGCAGAGCAGGAACUGGUCUAUCUCACGGGACGAAUUGCACAAGGCGGAGGGCAUCUGCCACACUACCCACAGCCAGCUUCACAACGAGACGUUGAAGCCUCGGAGUCCCGCAACCCAAGAGAGCACGCGCCUGCUUUUGGGGGCGGCGCAGCGUCUACUCUGCCCAAGUGGCCGGGCCACAUUGCCUUUACGCGACGAUACCUCCAAAACGAGACUGUCCCUGCCCUUCAGUCUCUGGCCCAGAAGCUCGUUGUCCAAUCGCUUGGCACAUCGGGCUUGACAACAUCCCUGGCAGCGCUCCUUUACGUGUCGUCCUGGGCUUCGUCCCUCUACGAGGCGGGCGCCGUCGCAGCGCUGGGCAUUGUGUACAGCUUGGGUCGCAUGCAGAAGAAGUGGGAGACGGCGCGGGGCUACUGGGAGGGCGAAGUUCGAGAGGAGGGUCGCAAGGCAGUCAGAGGAGCCGAGGAGAGCGUGGCAGCAGUCCUAGAUGUGGGCGGGCCCAGCACAACGUCGGGACAGGAAACCAAGGAGCUAGGGGAGGCACGAGAGCUGGUUGCCAAGGCAGAGGAUGCUUUGGCACGAAUGAGAUGA